AUGAGAACUAUCAAAGAGGCACGAUUCUCAAGACCUAUGAAAUCUGAUCCCAGCCAGUGGGAUCCUAAUUUAUGGUGUGAAUAUCAUGGCACUAACAACCACCAGACUGGGGACUACCGACACCUCCAGGAAGAAAUGGCAAUACUGUUAAAGAAUGGUCACCUCAUAGAAUUCUUGAGUGACCGAGCUAAAAACAAUUAUGGUCGGAACAAUGGCGACGCAGAAACCUCAAAAACAGGAGAAGAACCCCCAUACCAAACGAUCAACAUGAUCUUCGGAGGAAAUGAAAUUAACGGGGUCACCUUUUCGGCAGCGAAGAAGACAAAAGUAUUGAUAACUCACAGUAAACGGCUCCGGGAAGACGAUAUCACAUUUAUGGAUGAAGAUGCAGACAGAUUAUUGCUACCGCACAAUGACGCACUGAUAAGGGUUGAUCAAUCGGCAGCAAGGGAGAUGAAUGCAAUUUUGGUCUCUAGUAGCAAAGAAAAGGAACAUGCGGCAUAG